AUGUUCGUUUAUCUUACACAGACGGCUCUAUCAAGGCAAGGGGAAAUCAUGAACCUUUUACUCUGCCUUGCUGCCAUGCUUGGUGCCGCAAUCAAUGUAGAGGCUUUCCAAAAUUCGCCCAAAGGUCUUCACUUUGUAGGUGUUGGUUACAAUCUUCUGGAAGGAAACCCCGAGGGGGGCGAUGUAUCAAACGGUGGUGUUGACCCAGGACUUCUGUUCACCAGAAAAGUCUUCAAGCUGACAUGGGAAGAAAACAAAGUCUCUCUAGACAAGAAGUAUGUUGUACCAGAUCAGGUCAGCUUCGCCCCACGUCAGUCUUGCGUCAAAACAAAUAAAAAGGAAGUUUUUUCAGGUUCCAAAAGCUACCAGGAAAAACUUAGUGUGGAUGUACAAUCCAGCGGUAAGGCCAAGAAAACACUAUUCUGUAAACCUGACUUUUCUCUUACUUCUUUAACCCUUUAACUCCCAGGAUCUUAUCAGUAAUUCUCCCUACUGUCUGCCAUACAGUUCUUGUGAUGUUGGUUUGGAGAAUUUAGUAUCGGAUUAACUAAUAAUCCCUUAAUUAAGGGACUUUCUUUAAUCUCAUCAUUUUUCUUUUUGAUAUUGUGUUGAUAUUGUAAGAAGAAAUUCUGUCUUGGUGACUCGUGGGAGUUAAAGGGUCAAGCAAGUCGUUUUGUGUUCUACUUCUACAUCCUAAACGCAGACAUCGUGGGUUAAAUUAAAGAUACGUUUUUAUUCUGCAGGUGGUUACAAUGCAAUAUUGUGGAACGUUGCCUUUUCUCUAAGUUCAAGUAAGUAAAAUAAUUCAAUUCGUGCUAAAAAAAUCUUGAAAAUGUGUGUCAUAAGCAGGCUAGUCAGCUCUUCGAUAAUAAUUCAAGGCAAGAUAAGACAAGAGGGCGAGUCCCUUGAAACAACUAAAGAAGGAACCUCUGUUGGUCAGUUUUGAUUGAUUAGCACCACUGAUUACAGAAAAGUCAGGUGUUAGACUUAUGUUAUCUGGAAGAAAACCAUACAUUAAAAAGUUGUAUUGCGUAACAAAAUAUUCCCCCAGUUGGCAAGCAGUUUUACAAAUUUGUCUCUAACGAAAGGAGGCCAAUCAGAGAGCUGUGUUGUUAGAUGAAAUUGUGUUUUCUUUCUUCUCCCGGUUUUGUUCCUUAUUAGGAUAUGAGCAGGUGAAGAAAGAAACAUCAAAAUACCACAAUGUGUUUUAUGAAGAGAAGCAUGUGUGCAAUCGUGGCCGAGCUCGAUACCAAAUGGACUUGGCUCGAGUCAAGAAGUAUUCUGUGUCAGAGGACUUUGCAGCAGCUGUUUGUAUUUUACCAGAAGAUUACAAUCAGCAGGCCUACUUCAAAUUCAUCGAGAACUGGGGAACAGUGAGUGUCAAAAAAAGCUUGUCUUCACUAAAAGACAACAUUAGGGAACCAGCUUUGAAAUAAGGCAACUUCUGUUUUUGAAUGGCUUCUUAUACUUUUACAAAGUUGCAGUAAUAAAUUUUUAAAACAAAGCUUUUUGAAUAGGAGACUACAGGUAUUUAUGCUCUGUAAAUGAGAGCACAUAUUUAGAUAAAAGCCUUUCAUUAGUGGACACUAAGCUGAUUUUUAACAACCAUAAAUUAAUCAACUUCAUCCAAGGUUUCUAAGCCAGGUCCAAUCCAAAAUCGGCCGUUAAUCUUAAAAGGAGGGCUCGGUCACAACCACUCAUAGAAAAAGACUGGAAGGGAGUUGAAUUACAGUUUUACAGAUUUCUAGAAAGACAAUCACUGACAGGUUUCUGAUUGUUUUUGCUUUUUCUUCAGCAUAUUGUGGUUGAAGUUGAUCUCGGUGAGAGGAAGACUGAUCGAUCCAAAUCCACAAACUCUGAGUUCACCAAAUACGCCAUGAAUAACGUAAGAAUAAAGUCAUAUAACCAUAAUGGCUAACGCAUGCGCAGCGCAGUGACGAUUAUGGCGCGAAAACAAAAAAAUUUAAUUGGGAUGACAAGAAAUUGUUUUUUUGGUUGAUUCCAGGUGAUCUGCACAACAUGUUUGAAACCAUUUGCAUUAACAUGGUUAAUUUUGAGGCAGUUUUCAAAUAAGUUUCAAAGGGAAAAGAAGUUUUCUUUGCCUUUGCCCCACUGAGCCCUUUGAUGAAUCUGCAUAACUUACACCACAUUCUGAAAUAAUCAGUUCUCAAUAAGAAAAUAGAAAAACAUUCGAGAAGUAGUCGCCCUCGCUCUGCCGUACAAAUGGUCGGUUACCCAUGUAACUCAAGGUUAUCAGGAUUAUUGGUUCCAUUUUAUAAUUAUCUUCCUUUUCAUAGUAAUUAUAAGAACUUUAGUUUUCACUCCAAGGCAGUCAUUCUAAAGGCGUUCUUUUGGCGAUUGUUUCAUUACUUUGGUUACCUUCUUUAGGGAACUUUCAGUAAAUCUGUAGCGGUUUUACUUUUUUUUUUCAGAUGGAAAACUCAGUUUCCGUGUCAGGAGGUUAUAUGGGUUUCAAGGCCUCCCUGAAAGUUGACAUGAAAAAAUUUAAAGAAUCCAUGUCGGAUAAAACCGAAUUCGGAGAACACAAGGUGUCGUUCACAUCCGGAGGCGUUGAUAUGCCUGAGCCUAUUGGAAUAAGGAUUGUGCCAAUAUACGAAGCCUUUGAUGCCAGUUUCUACGCAAAGCUUGAUCACCAGAACUCUGCACGAUGCGUCCAUUCCAGCGAGCUUGUCGGAACUCGAAGGGAACACGUCAAGAAGGCAUUAGAAGAGUAUCCGAAACUCAAGAAAGCUGAGGUGCCUACAGGUAAGAAAUUAAGGUGAAAGGUGAGGUCAAGGGAAAAUGUGAGUAACAUUUUGAUAUUAAUUUAUCUUUCCCUUAGGUUUUCACCUUUUCAUUUCAAGGACAUCAAACGGCAUUUGCGUGUUCAUAUUUUUUGCUACUUUCUUACCAAAAAGUUUGAGAAUCCAAUCAUAGUUUUGAAAAUUCAAAAUUUCCUGAUUUUAAACUUUAGCCCUGUACCUCAAAGUCAACUUAACCUUCUCAUGCGCGAUUUGCAGAUCCUGAAGUACGAAUUCCUCUCACUUGGCCAGUUGGAACGUAUGGCCUUCCCAUGCCAAAGGCAGGUUGUCCUAAGAAUACAAAGUUUGCUUGGCACGUUGGAACCCGCUACCAAGAUACUGAGGAUGCUUUUGGAAAGAACCGCUGGUCAAGUCCGUAUGACUUGGCAGGGUCAUUAGCCAAAAGCAACAUGGAGCAGAAGUUUUGCAUGAAGACAGAGGAAGGAGACAAGAAAAAUGGUCUGCAGUGGCCAAGAGGUCAAUACUGUAUUCUGAAGAAGGGAGAAUGUGCCGAGGGUAAGCACUGUUAACAAAUUUGUCAAAGAUAAAAUUGGAUAAGAUUAAUUAUAUUUCCCUGUUAUUGAUGUAAACGCCUGAGAAACGUUCCCCCCGCCUCAUUGAUUUAUGGAGCCUUCACCUGCAGACAGGGGGGAACAUAUAGGAGAGAGGGACCACUGAUGUGAGCCAAAAUGUAGGUCGUUACUUUUCUUCAGGCUGUUGCUCCGCCCCGUUCGGAAAUGAUGAAUUUCUUAGCAUUAUUACAAUCAAAGACGGGGUUUUCUCUUAAUCACUCAUUACUCAGGUUUCCAGCAAGGACACAUCAGAUGGGAUGACGAGAACAGUAACAAUAAAAACAGACACUCUGGAGCGCUUCCAGACGGCGUGUAUGACAGGAACACUCACAUUCAGUACUGUUGCCGCACGGAUGGUCACGCCACCAAUGCCAUAAUUCUUCCCACGGACUCCCCGUUUGUGCUGUUGAAGUCCAACACUCAUCAGUGUCAGCAUGUCCGAGGAAUGCGGGUCCGAAGUGAAUAUUUCCAAUGGGAUUGUGAAGAUUGGUUUCCGAAAAACUAUGGCGGUGGAUCCAGACCUUAUGCUUAUGUUGGAAGGAAUAUCAAACUUGAAUACUGCUAUUAUUAUCAUUAG